AUGAACUUGAUGUAUGAUAUUAUUGCUUAUGACUUUGCUUUUCGGCUUUCCGUUUGGUUAUGUACGAUCUUCGGAAUCUGCAUCACCUUGUCUUAUCACCGGAAUCUUUCUCACCGAAGUUUCGAUCUACCGAAAUGGCUCGAGUAUCUAUUUGCUUAUGGUGGCGUUCUGGCUUUUCAGGUUCUACUUUCAUAUAUUCCGAAGGGAGACCCAAUAGAGUGGGUGAGCAACCAUCGGUACCAUCAUAAGCAUCGUGAUACACAACGUGACCCACACAGCCCUAUACAAGGUUUUUGGUUUAGUCACAUCACUUGGAUAUCUGAUUUCGGUUCUAUCCAAAAAAAGUGUGGCGGAGAGGAGAAUGUAAAUGACCUUGUGAGGCAGCCCUUCUACCGGUUUCUUCAGCGAACCUUAUAUUUGCGUCUGAUAGCUUUUGGAUUUCUACUCCAUAUUUGGGGAGGCAUGCCCUUCCUUGUCUGGGGAAUGGGUGUGGCAAAUGUGGCUCGAAGCCACUCGACGUUUCUGGUGAACUCAGUUUGUCAUACAUGGGGAACACGAGCUUGGAACACACCUGACCUCUCAAGAAACAAUUGGUUGCUAGCCAUUCUAAUGUUUGGUGAGGUAUGGCAUAACAACCAUCAUGCAUUUGAGUUCUCGGCCAGGCAUGGACUCGAGUGGUGGCAGCUCGACGUUACUUGGUACACUACAAGAAAACAGCGACACUUUAGGAGACUCUCGAGGCCUGUCAGGGAUUUGUUUGCCAUUGGUUCUGAUGUAACUGGAGGGUUUGUUUUGGGUAUUAGCAAAGAAGCUUCGGACAUGGACUUGAAUUUCGAGAAAGAUUUAUGA